AUGGUGUUAGUAGGUAAACAAAAAGCUCUUGAAAAUAUUUCAAAAUCAUCUAUAACAUUUAUCGGAAAAUUAGCUAAUGUCGAAAAAGGAAUAUCGUCUGUUACAAUGCCUCCGGUCGAUAAUUAUACGUUGCGUUUUGAUCAUGAUUAUCUUAAAACUAUACGUGGUCGAGUUUAUGAUACAAUGACUGAAUUUCUUUAUCAUCAAUUAGGCGAAGGUAUAAUGCCGGCAUUAGAAGAUUUAAAACGUGGAUCAACAUUACUCAAAAAACAGGAAGUAAAAGUGCCAACAGUCGGUAAAAUAUACGUAGUUUGUUUAUUUGAAGAUAUAAAACAUGUCGAUCAACUAAUCGAAAUUAGUCAACGUGAUGCUGAUGAAAUUAUUAAAUUAUAUCCAAAAAAAUAA